GAUCGGGAAGUCUAUGAAGUCUUGAAUUUGAGCAAAAUGUAGGUCUUUGCGAGUGUAAAAUAUGUAAUGAGGGUCCCAUUCUGAAAAGACAUUGAAGAGAUGCCGUAGAAUUUACCUUGAAUUGUUUGUACUUUACACCAAGUUCUACAGGCGGUAAUCAAUAAUAGGUUGACCUCGUCUAACUCCGGCCACUAGGAAGAUGUUCUAGGCUUAUAAUAAAUGUUUUAGGUAGUACUUUAGAAAGUGUUUUAGGGUAAUAUAUAAUGUUUAGAUAUUCUGUAUGUUUUAGGCACGCGAUGUCUUUCAGAAUCUGUUGUUUUUUUUUCUUCAUUUAUGUCCCUUUUAAAACAUGAAAACAUAGGGACCAGUUUGUUUUGGGGUUUUUUCUUACUCUUGACAAUUGUGACCGAUGGGUGGAGCUUUAGGCAAGCUUAAUGUCCUUUGUCAAUUUAACAAUAAGUAUGUAAGACAAUGUUUUAGUUUUUUCACUCCAUUUCAGACACAUUAAAGACGUUGUUUUGCUGACUGCUAUCGUGCAGGUCCUGAGCUGCUUUUCGAUGUACGUCUGGUACUUCUGGCUGCUGGUAAGACUGACGUGUGGCUUGAAAUAUAAAGAGCUUUCAGGGUCUGAUACAUGUAUGCUCUAUCCAUAGCACAGCUAGAGCCCAGACUUCCUUCCCGAUUUAUUGGGGUUAUGUUUAAAACCAGGGGAACCCGCAGUGACAUUGCAUUGGUGACUCCACCCCUUUUAGAACAGACACGUUUUGUACGUGACCCCCCCAGAAUAUACCCAAUAGUUUAUUGAAUGAAGUAAAGUGCGACCGAUAUUGUUAGUAGACAUGUCGUUGUACUACGCUCACUCUGUGUUCCUCUUCUCUUCAGGCUCCAGGACGCGCUCUGUACUUGCUUUGGGUUAAUGUUCUUGGCCCGUGGUUCACCUCUGACUCCUCGGAAGCUGCCCCUCAGGAGCAGAAUGAGAAGCGACAAAGACGGCAAGAGCGGAGACAGAUGAAGCGUUUUUGAGGCCCCAGCCCUAAAUUUUUACCAUUUAACAUGUGAAACAGACUGACUCCUGUUGUACGCUGUGGGUUCUUUUUAAUGAGACUUGUUCACGAUGAAGCUGCUCUUCCAGUACUCAGAAUGUAAAUCCAAGCCUGGAUUUGUUCGGACAUAUGGGCUAUAUCUUCUUCAAUGUUAAAUAAAAUAAAGGAGAUGAAAGAGAAUUUCUUACAGUGCGCCAUUUCUAUGUAAUACGAGCUGCAUUAAAUCCCACUGCUCAUUCUGUUACUUUGUCUCCUUAAUCUUAGUGUGCUGAUAUUGUACUGUCUAAUUAUCCCUUUUGCUAACUCUCUGUGUAUGGAAACAGGGCACAGUGUGUAUAGUCUGUUUAAU